AUGGGAUAUGUGAUUCAUUUUAAUUCUCUUUUGAUAUAUUUGGAUUAUUGGUAGUUUUUAUCUAUUCGCAUCUUGUUUGAGGCCUUCCUCUCUUGUUGAAACAAUAAAAAGUAGAAUCUUUUUUAGUUACAAGGAUAAAAUUCAUUUAUCAUCUUUACCCUUGAUCAACUGAUACCAGUUUAAUUCUCGAUGCACUAGGAGUUGAGAUGAACAGUAUUUAAGGAUUCAUCUUGAUAUGAACAGUCACAAUAUUUAAGGAUUCAUCUUGAAUUUGAGCUAAUCAUGGGGAGAAAAGGAAAAAUCUUGUUGACUGCAUAUCUGUAUUGUCAUAUCUUACCUUAUUCUAGGAUCCUCCAUAAUUUACAGAACAUUAGCACCUAAAAUGGCAGUUUAAAUGACCUCAAUGUAAAGGAGGGUUUAUCUGCCUCCUAACAAUUCUGUAGCAUACAUCUGCCAGUAUCUUUUAUGAUUUCCAUGCAAUUAACAAUAUUUUUGUCAACACUCUUCUUUUCCUCAGCUUAGCUGGUUGGCUUAUGUUUCUCUCCAGUCCUUUGAUGUGAAGUAUCUGAUGAGUAAUUUAUUCAAUUGUCUUUUACUUUCCAAUCCAAAACUUCUGCUUUUUAAUCAUUCGGCUUCGGUUAAUUUUGCUUUGCCUUUCAUUAUUGAGUACAUAUCUCUAAUACCAUCAAUGCUUAUAUUUCAUGAAACUUUUGCUGGUGCAAACAUAUGAUCCACCCUUUUUCGCAUUGAAAAAGAAAAAUCUAAAGAUAUGACUAUGAUUUCAUUCACCUAAUCAAUUAAUCAUCCAUUGCAAUUUUUUUUUUGAUAAGUGAUACAUUGUAAGAUUGUAACACAGCAAUUAUAACACUAAAUUUAAUCCCAUAUUAGUAGUGGAUAAAUAGUUGAGUUCACUUAUAAGAAUUUGAUGAGUGUACUAUCAUUAACUUUAAACAUCUUUGGCCAAGUCGCUUAACAAGUUAAUGGGUCAUGGCCAUACAUCCUAUUUGGUUCUCUUCAUAAUUAUGGCACCCUAUCUCUUUUCCUCUAUGCAUUCUUCUUCAUAUGUUUUUUCCAAUAAUCACCAAUCCCAUGCAGAAUUGCAGUACUUUCUUUUUUUUGGCUCUUGCAAGUGUAUUUGAAGUUGCUGUAUCUGACUAAUGCCAUGGGGACCUCAUAAAUCUUUAUAUUCUCUUCUUUACCACUAUGAUGUCUUUAUGGCAUACUAUUCUGUUGUCAUUAUGAAUGUCCUAUUUCAUGCCAGAAAUCAUUUGUUGGUGAUUCUCAUUAACAAGCAAAUGUGGCUUUUGAAUAUAAUUUUGCACCUGUUCCUUUUCAAUUUUAGAUAUCUAUUUGCUGUAAUUUAUGGCUAGUGGCUGAUAACAAUUACUAGAGCCGCAUGUUAGCAGAGAUAUAUUUCUCUGUCCCGAAAGUACUAUUGUUGGGUUAUUGAUUGUAAUGCAACAGCUUGACAUUUGGGUUGGCACUCUAAGCUGAAAGAAUGAACUGGGAUAAUUGUUACUCAAACUCUCAAAGUAUGUCAUUGCCUUUCUGUUCUUUCAUGGGCUGAGACCAGUAAAAUCAACUGGCUGUUUAGCUUGAAAUUUCUGAUAGUGAAUGUAUUUUGCACACUACUUAACUGGUAAAGAGAUUUCAUUCCCCAGUUUUGCAUAAUUAUGGUCAGAAGAAUAUGCAAAAUGUCAGGACCUCAAAAUGUAACCUUUUCCAUUACAGCCUAUAAAAUUAGAACUUGAUGAUGCCAUAGACCUUAUCUUUCUAAUCUUCAACCACCCAAAGGGUCUUUUUGAACAGGUUAUGAUGCAGGCUGUGGAUCUAUGGAUUACUCAAGGAUAGGUAUGAGUGAGUUCCUUACAAUUGGUUUUGAAAUAUUUUUGCAUGUUUUCACUUCCACUUCUUUCUGGGUUACCCUUAAAUAGCUAAAGUGCUGAUGAGAAUCUCCUGUUAGAUUGGACUAUAUUCCUUGUGCAACCCCAUUCAUGUUCUUCUACAUAUUAGAUGCCCAUAUAAUUGUGAAAGAAAUGGUCUUCCAUAGAUGGUAUGUCACAGUCCAGAUAACUAUAACUGAUUUAUCAACCUUAUCGAACUUUCCUUUUAAGCUGGUGUUAAUGGUAGUAGACUCGUCUAGUCUUUAUUAGUUGAUUGGUCGUCUUUCAUUGCAAGCAUUCUCACUUAGUAUUGUAAUAUUCUCAUGUAAACAAACAUAACUCAAAAUCAAAAUAUAACAUGGUGCAUGUAAGUUGUAGUCCAAUCGUGACUUCACACAUCGUGAUGAAUCUUCACACAUCGUGAUGAAUCGUCAAGUUACGAUCAUAAGUCCUUUCUUACUUAAAUAUCAUAUCAUGUUUAGUACUAGGUUAGUUAUGAUAUCAUUUUAUGAUAAUUCACUUGAUGAGAUAACAGAUCUACUAACUUUAUUAAGCUUUAAUCACUAUCAUAAAAUGCUUAAGAUGAAAUCAGUGUUAGUAAACCCAUCUAGUGGUGUACUUGGAUUACCACCUCAACUACUACUCAGAACAUAGUUUCAAAAUAAACCCAGCACUUGUAGUUUUGGAUAAUCUUGAAUAAUAUCCCCAAUGAAUUAGCAUGUAGGCUUGAACUAACAAGCUAUUUGAUUGCCUAGAAUUCUAUGCCAUCUGUAAAUUUAAUUAGAAGUAAUUUACUUACAAAUACUUGAUUGCAUACAAUAUAUCAUUUGCAGCAUAUACAUACAAUUACAUAUUUACAUGCUGCAACAUUAUUGUUAUCUAAACUUCGGCAUGUUGCAUUCUCCUUGGAUGGUGUACAGCUAAAAAGUGAAUGUGGGUUCUCUUCCUUCCAUCAUACUAGUAAAAUUUGCUUUUUUCUGUGAAAUAACUUCAUAUCAUUAAGUAAGAAAAUAUGACCAAAUACAAUUAAUGACCUCAGUGUCCAAUUGGGCUCCCCACCUUGUAUAAGUGCUUAGAACAGUGCCCAAGUAAACCAUGUAGAAACCCCACAUUCCCAGAGAAGACCAAACUCUCCAAACCAAUCAAGAAAUCCUUUGCAAACAUAGAAUAACACAACAGUGUACAUGCUAAAUAAUAGUUUAAUAAUAAUAGUGCAAAAUGUGCAUUAAGAACAUGCUUAAUGUAACAAUUUUCAUCAUCCUUGCUGAGGUAGGUCAGCUCCAUGGAUGUUACUCUUGCAUCAUAGCCCCAAAUUAAUGUGUUCCAGGACAAGAGCUAUUAUAUUGGUGUGCAGUGGUCUUCCUGCUCAAGAAUUUAUUUCAUUCAGAGCUGAAGCAGUCAUCACCACUUGAAAGGUCCAUAUCAUGGGACAUCAGUCAUCACACCACAGCAGGCCACACCCAUUGCCAUUAACUCAUUGCAAUGGCCCUACUGUUAUCUAAAAGAGCCCUUGGAUGGGAUUAGGAUUUCUCUUCUUCUCUGGGAGAUCAGAUCAUGUAAUUUUAAGUGGUAGUAGAGCAAGACUACAUCAAUUUGAUCAGUGUUCAUUUUACCUGUCAGGUAGAGAAGAUAAUUUGAAGAGGGAAAGUACAUUGCAAUCCCCUGCUUAAGGUUUUGACUGGUGGGGUACGUGCUUGAGCACAAAAGACCACCGUGUUGUCAUGUUCUUCGAGUGGGUUUGUGUCUUUGUGUCUGUGAUCAUUAAGCCCAUAGACUUAUUUCAUGGCUGACACCUUCAGAAAGAACUUGGAUGAAGGAUGUUGUGGCUCUUGGAGAUCUCUUGUCCAUCGACGCUGGAUGGGCUGCAGCAUUUGGUCAUCAAACAACAACAUCCACCGCAGAUUAAGAGCAUGACAAUUGAAUCAAUCACGGGUAGCUUCCAGCCAAAAACAUUUCAUGUGCAUUGACUUGCCACUUCCUAUGGUUUAGACUUCAGAGGGGAGAAAAAGGAAAAAAGAAAGCAGAGCAUCCGAGUACAGCAAUUUAAAGUGCACAGCGAUGCGCCUUUUUGGACGUAGCUGUAUCAACUAUCAGGGAGAGAGAGAGAGAGAGAGAGAGAGAGAACUGGGCGGGUGGACUCGGUUUGUCUCUUCCGCUGUUGCUUCAGAGAUUUCUGACAUGUCAUAUCGGAUUCACGGGUUCUUUGGAUUCUGCAUCCCUAUCAGCAGUAAUCUUCUCCAUUUGUUUAUCCCAAGCAUGUCUUAUCUGCAAUGUUUAAUUGUUUAGCAAUAAUGAUGUUGAAAUGAAUAACUGAUCAUCGAUUAAUGGAGUCGGAUUGACUGCUGCAGUACAUUCACUGACCGAGGAGGACUCUCUGUAUCUGUCUCCCUUUAAUGCCCAAGGACUAAAUCUAACAGCCAACACGGCGACUCAGAGACAGCAAACAGUGCCGCAGCAUCACUGCAUCUGAAGUCAAACACAAUCCUUCCUUCGCAGCAGAAUACAAAUCUGAUGCAGACACAAGGAGUGGGAAGAAGGAACACCGGAGAGCUUGCUGCCAUGGCUUCCUCCUCAGCUCUCCGCACUCUCCUCCUUCCUCUCUUUCUAUCCUUUCUCAGUACCCUCGGCUCUUCCUCUGAAUCAGACCUCCUCCUUACCUUCAAGUCCUCCAUCGAGGACCCUACCUUGGCUCUGUCCAACUGGUCCCCAAACUCCACAACCCACUGUAACUGGACUGGCAUCACUUGCUCCAACGCCACUUCCCUGGUUACCUCUGUUGAUCUCCACAACCUCAACCUCUCUGGUGACAUCUCUCCUUCCAUCUGCCACCUCCCGCAGCUCUCCCACCUCAACCUUGCCAACAACUUCUUCAACCAGCUCAUCCCUCUCCAGCUCUCUGAGUGCGCCGGACUCGUCACUCUCAACCUCAGCAACAAUCUCCUCUGGGGAACUCUUCCUGACCAGAUAGUUCUGCUCUCCAAUCUCACCACACUUGAUCUCAGCAGGAACCGCAUCGCAGGGCAGAUACCACUCAGCUUGGGUUCUUUGGGCAGCCUCCAGGUUCUAAACUUGGGAAGUAAUCUGUUGUCAGGUAUCCUCCAUCCUCCCCUCUUCAGAAACUUGAGUGAGCUUGUCCUUCUUGACCUGUCUCAGAACCCAUCUUUGGCAUCUGAACUGCCGCAAGAAAUCGGGAGACUGGCUAAACUGAGAUGGCUUCUGAUGCAAAGAUCUGGUCUUUAUGGUGCCAUUCCUCAAUCCUUCCUUGGUCUUCGUGAACUGAAGGUUUUGGACCUUUCCCAGAACAAUUUGACAGGGAAAAUCCCCUUGGGGUUUGGGUUGGCCUUUCUGAAGCUGACUACUCUGGAUCUCUCUCAGAACAUGCUUUCCGGAUCAUUUCCUACUGAUGUUUGUUAUGGGAAAUCUCUCAUCGAGCUCAGUCUUCACGAUAACUCCUUCACUGGUCCAAUUCCUAACAUCAUCGAGAAAUGCUCGAGUCUCGAGAGGUUUCAAGUGCACGACAAUAGCUUCGCUGGGGAACUUCCAUCUGGUUUAUGGUCAUUGCCAGAGUUAAAGCUCUUCAGAGCUGAGAACAACCAGUUCUCGGGCGAACUACCCGAUCUGGUUGGAGCGUCUUCUCGGCUCGAGCAAGUUCAGAUCGACAACAACAGCUUCACGGGUAGAAUUCCUCGAGGUCUCGGUCUGGUUCACACCAUGUACAGGUUUUCGGCGUCGCUUAAUGGUUUCUCUGGCAAUCUCCCUGAGAGCAUCUUUGAUUCGCCUGUCUUGAGCAUCAUCAAUUUGUCCCACAAUUCUCUCACUGGAUCCAUCCCGGAGUUCAGGAACUGCAGAAAGUUGGUCUCUUUAUCCUUGGCAGACAACAGUUUCACCGGGAACAUCCCACCUUCUCUUGGACAUUUGCCGGUGUUGACGUACAUCGACAUUUCCAACAAUAAACUCAGUGGCGAGAUCCCAUUGGAGCUUCAAAACUUGAAACUUGCUCUGUUCAAUGUUUCUUUCAAUCAGCUAUCAGGAAGUGUUCCACCUUCUCUGGUUUCUGGUCUUCCAGCUUCAUUUCUACAGGGGAAUCCAGGCUUGUGUGGACCUGGGUUGCCUAAUCCAUGCAAUGUGCCACCGGGAAGGCAGAGAUUCAACACCAACAGAUUGAUUUGGGCAGUAAUCGUGAUGUCCAUUGCUGUUGGUUUCAUGGUAUUAACUGCAGGACUGUAUGUGGUAUAUAGGUUGUCUCGAAGCAAGUCGAAUCCAUGUACAUGGAAAUCGGUGUUCUUUUAUCCUCUCAGGAUCACAGAGGAGGAACUGCUGAUGGCUUUAGUCGAGAAAAAUGCAAUCGGUGAAGGAACUUUCGGCAAAGUUCAUGUCGUCCAGCUACUAGGGGGAGAAUUUGUUGCAGUCAAGAGAUUGCUGAACUCCAGUAAUUUAUCUUUCAGAAAGGUGAAGUCGGAGAUCAAGAUACUGGCAAAGGCCAGGCACCGGAACCUGACCAAGCUGUUGGGCUUUUGUUACUCCAAAGGCACCAUUCUUCUCAUCUUCGAGUACCUGCGAAAGGGGAGCUUAGGAGAUGCUCUUCGUCGACCGGGUUUUUCGUUCGAGUGGAGUCUUCGCCUCAAACUGGCAAUUGGAUCUGCACAAGGAUUACUCUACCUUCACAAAGAUUAUGUCUCGCAGAUACUUCACAGGAACAUGAAAUCUAACAAUAUUCUCAUUGGAGAUGAUUUUGAGCCAAAGGUAUCCGAUUUUGGCCUUGAUCGUGUGAUUGGGGAGACCUCAUACAAAUCAUCAGUAGCUUCCGAGUUGGGUAGCUACUGCUAUGUGCCUCCAGAGUAUGGUUGCAGCAGCAAGAAACCAUCAGAGGAAAUGGACGUGUACAGCUUCGGGGUUGUGCUACUGGAACUCAUCACCGGAAGGCCGGCUGAGCAGCCAGAAGCUCGAGAGAUGCUCGACGUCGUCAAGUUAGUAAGAAGGAAAGUAAACAUGACCAAUGGAGCUCCACAAAUACUGGAUCCUAAGAUCUCUGACACGGCACAGCGAGACAUGUUGGAAGUACUGGAGCUUGCUCUUCGCUGCACUGCUAUUUUGCCUGAGAAGCGACCCUCGAUCAUUGAGGUUGUCCGGUCUUUGCAGUCACUCGAGCCAAUCAUCUACCCUCCAAUGUGCUCCGGUGAGCUGCUGCCUUUGGGCCAGCAGUGAACAAGAACUCUCUGCCAGUUCUAGUGGUUCCAAUCUGCAAAGAGUGCGAGAAAGGAUAAAAUGUUUUACAUAGCUUAAUCUAUUUUGUUGUUGUUUUUUAUUUGUAUUUUCUGAGGUUUUUAGUUUGAUUUGGAGGUUUGUACAGUGAGAAAUAGUGAUAUGGAGUAGUACUUGUUGCAUCA